AUGCAGGAUUCACCCAGCUCUCUGGUGAUGGAUGGAUACUCCAGCAAUGUGCCAGCCUUCCUAACCAAACUCUGGACGCUGGUGGAAGAUCCUGAAACGAACCAUCUCAUCUGCUGGAGUACUAAUGGCACCAGCUUCCAUGUGUUCGACCAAGGACGCUUUGCCAAAGAGGUGCUGCCCAAGUAUUUCAAACACAACAACAUGGCCAGUUUCGUCCGGCAGCUGAACAUGUAUGGCUUCAGGAAGGUGGUGAACAUCGAGCAGGGGGGUCUCGUCAAGCCCGAGCGGGAUGACACUGAGUUCCAGCACCUCUGCUUCCUGCAGGGCCACGAGCACCUCCUGGAACACAUCAAGAGGAAGGUGUCAGUAGUGAAAAGUGAGGAGACCAAGAUGCGCCAGGAGGACCUCAGCAGGUUGCUGUAUGAGGUACAGAUACUGAGAAGUCAGCAGGAGAACAUGGAGUGUCAAGUGCAGGACAUGAAGCAGCAAAAUGAAGUUCUUUGGCGGGAAAUUGUUUCUCUCCGGCAGAACCACUCACAGCAACAGAAAGUGAUCAACAAGCUGAUUCAGUUUCUGUUUGGCCAGCUCCAAUCAAGCCCUAGCAGCACUGGGAUAAAGAGGAAGCUACCUCUGAUGCUUGACAACGGGAUCUCAGCUCCACAAGUGUCCAAGUUUAGCCGGCAUUUGUCUACAGACGCCCUUCAUGACUCCUAUUUUAUACAGUCGCCAUCAACAGAACCUGCCUCUUGCUUAAACAGUCCCGCAGUUGCUGGAGGACCCAUCAUAUCUGAUGUUACUGAAGCAUCACCAUCCAACAUAAUAAAUAUGCAAUCCCCUCCUGAAAAUGACAGAGAGAAAUGCCUCAUGCUGAUCAAGGAAGAGCCAGUCAGCCCUGCAGUGAAAGCCACCGCUGAGCCUGAUGUCCCCCUGCCAGGCUGCCGGGCUUGCUCUGAGCCCCCUGUGCUCCCUGUGGCCAUGGUUCAGUCUGUUUUGGAAGGCAAAGGGAGCUGUGGCACAGCUCCAUCAGGGACCUCACAACCAUCUGAGAGAAGAGGCAGAAGGGCACUGCUGGACAGAACAGAUAUUUCAGACCCCUUGGAGGGCUCCGACUGGAGCUUGGAAGGGCUGCAGCUGCUGCUGAGGAGCCAGCAGUAUGGCCUGGAGCCCGCCAGCCUCUUGGAUGUCUUUAAUCCCAAUUUAUCUUUAACUGAGUGGAAUUUGACUGAAAUGGAAGCUAGUCUGUCCCCGAUGCAGCGACUCACAGUGGAUCUGGAGAAGAAUGCGACUGAGCUGUCCUCAAAAGUGUUCAACCCGCAGUUUAACAGUGCCUGUCCAGGUAAAGAUGUCAUUCUUGAAAACACCCAGCAGUUCCUUGUUGAUCGUCAGUCAGUCUUUGGAAACGACCUCAUCAACUUGCCUGAAAGUUCAUCGCUUUAUGUUCCACCUGACAGUAUGGCUUCCUACCUGUCCUCUGUGGGUGUCCAAGGAGAGAUCCCAUUAAACCUGAGCUCCUCAACUGACAACAGCCAGUGA